GAAACUGAAAUGGCGAACCGGAAUAUGGCGUGCUUCAGAAUUCACAAUGUAAAGCAUGUCAAUGAUGCAGGGAUAACCAUAACCAUGUUUUAUGUUUUUUCGAUGAAGAACCAUUACCAUAUUCAAUUACUGCUUACUGCGCACCCUGGUCAAGGUGGAACACGCAGUAGUCAGUAGUACAUUUCAUAUCGAAAGAGAAGAAAUAGCGUGGGAUUUUGCUCCUCUUCUUCAGAUAUGGCGAACACUCUGCAACGGGGCAUCGCUUCUAGUAUUUUUCGCCAUUCUUUUCUUUGUUCGUCGAGAUUGUUCUCUGCAGGCUCCUUAGUGCAGGUCAAACCGGGAGAGAUCGGAAUGGUUUCGGGAAUUCCCGAAGAACACCUUCAGAGAAGGGUCGAAAUUUAUUCACCUGCUCGAACUGCAACUCAACAAGGUUUUGGAAAAGUUGGAAGGUGGCAGAUUAAUUUUUUGUCAACACAGAAGUGGGAAAAUCCACUGAUGGGUUGGACAUCCACUGGGGACCCGUAUGCCAAUGUGGGUGAUGCAGGAUUCAAUUUUGACAGUGAAGAAGCUGCAAAGGCAUUUGCUGAGAGACAUGGUUGGGAGUAUGAGGUUAAGAAGCGCCAGACACCAGUUUUGAAG